UCAUGUGAAGGACUGUUUAAGCAAGAAAUUUGAUAUGAAAUACUUAUGGAAUGCGAAAGUAAUUUUUGGCAUGAAUAUACUUAGGAAUAGAAAAUAUAACAUGCUAUUUUUAUAUCAGUCUUCAUACGUUAAGAAAGUUUUGAACAGAUUUUGCAUGACUGAUGCUAAACCCUCUUCUGUCCCCCUCGCUUCUAAUUUCAUCUUAUCUAAAGAUCAAUGCCCAAAAUCUGAAAAUGAUGUGAAGUACAUGAUGAAUGUUCCUUAUACUAGUGCUGUAGGUUCUAUUAUGUACUUGAUGGUGUGCACUAGGCCUGAUUUAGCGUAUUCUAUUAGUUGUUUGAGUAGAUAUAUGGCUAAUCCUGGUGUGGAACAUUGGAAUGCUUUAAAAUGUGUAUUUAAAUACUUGGUUGAUACUAUUGAUGUUGGUUUAGUAUUUGGUAAACACAUUAGUGGGAUAAAAUUAAAUGGUUAUGUGGAUUCCAAUUAUGCGAAUGAUAGAGAUUCUAGGAAUUCAACUACAUCUUAUAUCUUUACUUUGUAUGACUCGUGUGUUAGUUGGAAAUCCCAACUGCAGCCUAUAGUUGCUCUUUCUACGACAGAAUCUGAAUAUGUGGCCAUAACUGAAGCUUUAAAAGAAGGUUAAAAGAUUGAAGUCGUUGGAGCUCGGACUGUG